AUGUUUAGGAGAGACCUGAGACCUGAUUCUUGGUUCUUCAGCUUUCUGGUCGGCAGUCUGUCCAGGAGUCUCUUUGCCUUUGCAGCCCUUGCCAAGAAUCAGACUUUUAAAGGUUUUGCUCCUGUCACGAUUGAGACCUCAAGACACAUGUACGAAUAUGUGGCCACUGCUUUGGACUGGUGGCAUGCGGACAGAUACUGUGAACAACACUUUGCUCAGUUGCUUUUUGAACCCCAAGACAGUGAGCAAGCCUCCUUUAGCAAGCUGCUGCAGUCCCACCACAUCAGAGGUUCUGUCUGGCUAAACGAAAGGGAUGGUGUCCUGCACAAACCAAAAUGGAGACGGUACCACACUGUACCAGUCCUGGUAUUCGAAGACAAAACAGAUACAAAAUACGUGAAGGUGCUCGCUGACUUCCCAGCACUGCCUGCUGUCACAGCCUGCGCCCACCUCCAGUGGGACACCAGGACCCAGGAGAUUGCUACCAUCUUCUCCUAUGCUGUUCCGGCUUUUAUUAAUGAGUUCCAGCUCCGUGGCUUUGUGGAUGAGGAAGGCUUUGUUCGAUUUGCUCUCAUAGUCCACGAGCACCAUUCCCCAUACCUGCCCGUGUUCCGCGCUGACGGGCAGUGGCACCACUUCUGCGUGACCUGGCAGCAGGAGAACGGGACCUGGGCCAUCUAUGCCGAUGGUAAAAGGAGGGCGUCUGCCAGCGGUUUGUGGGCUGUGGGACCGUCUGCCCCCCUGGCCAUCUACGGCCAGGGGAUUUUCAUAAUUGGGCAGGAUCAAGACUCCCUGGGGGGCACCUUCAUGGAGAAAGAGUCCUUCAGUGGGAACAUCACCGACUUGCACAUCUGGCAGAACGUCCUCGGAGCGGAGCAGAUUGAGAAAGUUCGGUCGUGCUGGAUGGUAGAGCAAGACCUUGUGUUUGGGUGGAGCUCAAACGCUCUGGAGGUUGAAAGCACCGUGCGAGAAGUAACCGCACAGUUUCUUUGCCCGGGUAAGUCUCGUUCAUGCCGAGUUUUUGAAGUUGGCAGCAGUGGAUUCAGUUUCACGUCUUGUUUGCAGUCGUUGCCUUUUAUCUGUCGCUACAGAAAGGAUGCGUACUGGGAACUGAAAAAAGCACAGCUGGAAUCCAGCCGUUCGCUUGUCGGCCGUGUGAACACGCGUGCAGAGAGGACUGUGAUUCCUGAGAACAUCUUCACAAGCGAUGUCCAAGACAUGAAUCUCUCUGUCGCUGUUGGUGCUCUUGAAUUCUUGGCAACUGUUCUGAGGGAAGGAGAGACACCCGUGCUGGAGUCGUCUGACCUCCUUGCGGUGCUUCAAUUACUAAAGCAAGUUUCUGAUGUGGAAGUCCAGGAGGGAGAGGAGCUGGAGAUGUUGGAGCAGUUGGGCCAGUAUUACAUGGAAGUGACUGAGUUAAUCUUGGAAGAGCAGAAUAUCGAAACAUGGUCAUCAGUCAGCCAGGUUAUCAGAGGGCCCAUGGCUGUUGUUGAGCUCUGUGACAGAAUGGUGUCACAGUUAGCCCCACUGCUGACCGCAGGGAGGACGAAGAUCACGAUCCAGCACAGGAAUGUCGGGAUGGAGGUCAGGAAGCUGGAGCUGAGCAGGCAGGAGAUGAGCAGUGAGGUGUACGUGGUCCAGAGCCCUGAGAAGGGCAGGCACGACUUCAUUGAAGUUCCGGCAGAAGAAAUGCAGAGACUGAAAGCCAGAGGUCUCCACAGAGUCAUGGUGAAAAACCUGUGGUUCGGCUACGGGUCUCUGCAGCGGGGCCUGUCGGGCGCUGGCAGCCGCGCUGGCCCCCAGGACACGGACCUGCCCGGGAAGCUGGUGGGACCCGUCUGUGCCUUCUGGAACUUCAGCCUCAGCCCAGAUGCUGGUGGGAUGUGGUCCACAGCCGGCUGCUCUGUGGUGGCAUCUCUUCUGGACUCCACUGCCUGUUUUUGCAACCACACCACGAAUUUUGCUGUGCUGCUGCAGGUGUACGAGAUGCAGAGGACCACCAAGGAGGAGCUCACACUGCAGACCUUGACUUUUAUUGGAUGUGGAGUUUCCUUCUGUGCCUUGACAGUUACCUUCAUUUUAUUCUUGGCCGUUGGUGUCCCCAAGAGUGAACGAACAACUGUGCACAAGAACCUGAUCUUUGCAUUAGCUGCAGCAGAAGCUCUGCUCAUGCUCAGUGAAUUGGCCAAGACCAACCAGGUGGUGUGUUUCACGGUCACUGCCUGCCUUCAUCUCUUCUUCAUGGCAGCCUUUUCGUGGAUGCUGGUGGAGGGGCUUCUCCUGUGGAGUAAAGUGGUAGCAGUCAACAUGAGUGAAGACAGGAGAAUGAAGUUCUACUAUGUGACAGGCUGGGGGCUUCCAGUCGUUGUCGUGGGUGUGACCCUUGCAACUUCCUUUAACAAGUAUGUGGCAGACAACCAUUGCUGGCUGAACAUUCAGACCAACGUCAUCUGGGCCUUUGUUGGGCCUGUUCUCUUCAUCCUCAUCGUGAACACCUUCGUGCUGUUCCGGGUGGUGAUGGUGACUGUGUCCAGUGCUCGCCGGAGAUCCAAGAUGCUGACACCCAACAGCAGCCUGGACAACCAGAUUGGAAUACAGAUAUGGGCCACAGCCAAGCCUGUCCUGGUGCUGCUGCCCGUGCUGGGGCUGACCUGGGUGUGCGGGGUCCUUGUCCACCUCAGCAUCAUUUGGGCCUAUGUCUUCAUCGCGCUGAACUCCCUCCAGGGCCUGUACAUAUUCCUGGUCUAUGCAAUCUAUAACAGCGAGGUGAGAAAUGCCAUCCAGAGGAUGAAGGACAAGAAGAAAGCACUCUCGUUCACAAACUGCUCUCAUCCCGUCAACUACUUAUCCAGUCCAAGAAACACGACCUCCUGGGAGACAGGGAAACCGAGUCCUUCUGUGGCUGGGAGUGCCUUGUCGAGCCCUGCGCAGAAAGACCCUCCAGUGAGGAACAUCACCAACAAAGGAAAUUUUGGAGCCAAAAUUCCCAUGGGGAUUUCAUCAAUUAUGUCGCCCGAGAGACCGGCCGUAGAGCUGACAGCGUUCAAAUCCUCAG